UUUUCACAUUGAUCACCUGACUCAAGGUGCCCAUCAGGCUCCCUGUGAGUAAAACAGAGGCUUUACUGCAACAUGACCCACAGGGGUAAUACAGGACUUGUCUACCAUCUGAAAUUUAUGACUCUUUUGUUUGCCCUAAGUCCAGAACUUCUGUUCCUAGGAGCCGGAGUACAACUUCAGGACAAUGGGUACGAUGGAUUACUUGUUGCAAUUAAUCCUCAGGUACCAGAGAAUCCGAACCUCAUCGCAAACAUUAAGGAAAUGAUAACUGAAGCUUCUUUUUACCUGUUCAAUGCUACCAAGAGAAGACUGUUUUUCAGAAAUAUAAAGAUUUUAAUACCUGCCACUUGGAAAGCUCAUAAUUAUAGCAAAGUAAAACAAGAAUCGUAUGAAAAGGCAAAUGUCAUAGUGACUGAGUGGAAAGGGAUACAUGGAGAUGACCCAUACACCCUACAACACAGAGAAUGUGGAAAAGAAGGAAAAUACAUUCAUUUCACCCCUAACUUCCUACUCAAUGAUGAGUUAACAGCUGGGUAUGGAUCACGAGGCAGGGUGUUUGUCCACGAAUGGGCCCAUCUCCGCUGGGGUGUGUUUGACGAAUAUAACAAUGACAAGCCUGUCUACAUAAAUGGGCGAAAUGAGAUACAAGGAACCAGGUGCUCAUCUGAUAUCACAGGUGUUUUUGUGUGUGAAGAAGGUCUUUGCCCUGAAGAAAACUGUAUUAUUAGUAAACUUUUCAAAGAAGGGUGUACAUUCCUCUACAACAGGACCCAAAACACGACUGGAUCAAUAAUGUUCAUGCAAAGUUUACCUUCUGUGGUUGAGUUCUGUAAUUCAAGUACCCACAACCAAGAAGCUCCAAACCUACAGAACCAGCUGUGCAGCCUCAAGAGCACCUGGGAUGUAAUCGCAGGCUCCUCCGACUUUAAUCACAGCCUUCCCAUGAACGGGGCUGAGCUUCCGCCUCCUCCCACAUUCUCCCUCAUGCAGGCUGGUGACAAAGUGGUCUGUUUAGUGCUGGAUGUGUCCAGCAAGAUGGCGGAGGAGGACAGAUUCCUUCGACUGCAACAAGCAACUGAAUUGUACUUGAUGCAGAUUGUUGAAAUUGGUACUUUUGUGGGCAUUGUCAGUUUUGAUAGCAAAGGGGAAAUCAGAGCCCAGCUGCACCAAAUUAGCAGUGAUGAUGACCGAAAGCUGCUGGUUUCAUAUCUGCCUACCACUGUGUCUGCUGAAUCAGAAAUGAGCAUCUGUUCAGGGCUUAAGAAAGGAUUCGAGGUGGUUGAGAAGCUGAAUGGAAGGGCUCAUGGCUCUGUGAUGAUCUUAGUGACCAGUGGAGCAGAUGAACACCUCAGCAACUGCCUGCUCACGGUACUGAGCAGUGGCUCCACCGUCCAUUCCAUUGCCCUCGGUUCCUCUGCAGCUGGAAACCUCGAGGAAUUAUCACGUCUUACAGGAGGUUUAAAGUUCUUUGUUCCAGAUAAAUCAGCUUCUAACAGCAUGAAUGAUGCUUUCAGUAGAAUGUCUUCUGGAACUGGAGACAUCUUUCAGCAAAGUAUUCAGCUUGAAAGUAUGGGUGUAACUGUGCGGCCUCAGCACCAACUCACCAGAACUGUGACUGUGGACAGCAGUGUGGGCAACGACACUGUUUUUCUGGUCACAUGGCAGACCGGCAGUCCCCCUGAGAUUGUGUUAUUUGAUCCUAAUGGAAGAAAAUAUAACACGAGCAAUUUCAUCACCAAUCUGGCCUUUCAGACAGCCGGCCUUCAGAUUGCUGGAACUGCUAAGCCUGGGCUCUGGACUUACACCCUGAACAAUACUCAUCAUUCUCCUCAAGCCCUGACAGUGACAGUGGCCUCCCGGGCCUCCAGCCCUGUCAGGCCCCCAGUCACUGUGAAUGCCUUUGUGGAAAGAGAUAGCACCUACUUCCCCCAUCCUGUGACAAUUUAUGCAAAUGUGAGAAAGGGACUGAAUCCCAUUCUUAACGCCACUGUCAUGGCAACAAUUGAGACAGAGACUGGAGAUCCUAUUAUGCUGAAACUUUUGGAUAAUGGAGCAGGUGCUGAUGUUAUAAAAAAUGAUGGAGUUUACUCCAGGUAUUUUUUCUCCUUUGCUGUAAGUGGUAGAUAUAGCUUGACGGUGCAUGUCCAUCACUCUCCCAGCAUCAGCACCCUAGCCCACUCUGUCCCAGGAAGCCAUGCGAUGUAUGUACCAGGUUAUAUAGCAAAUGAUAAUAUUCAGAUGAAUGCUCCCAAAACACCAGGGCACAAGAGUGAGGAGGAGCAGUGGGGCCUGAGCCGAGUAAGCUCUGGGGGCUCCUUUUCAGUGCUGCAAGUUCCAACUGGCCCCCAUCCUGACAUGUUUCCACCAUGCAAAAUUAUCGACCUAGAAGCUGUAAAAAUGAAAGACGAAGUGAUCCUGUCUUGGACAGCACCUGGAGAAGACUUCGAUCAGGGCCAGGCUACGAGCUACGAAAUAAGAAUGAGUAGAAGUCUACGGAGCAUUCAGGGUGACUUUAACAGUGCCAUUUUAGUGAACACGUCAGAGCUGAAUCCUCAGCAAGCUGGCAACAGGGAGAUCUUUACAUUCUCACCCAAGCUUUUUGCCAAUGAACCUGACCAUGGACCUGAUGGAGAAAUACAAGGAAACCACGGAGUAUAUGUGGCCAUGAGAGCAACAGAUAGAAACUCCCUGAAGUCAGCUGUGUCCAACGUUGCCCUGGUGUCUCUGCUUCUCCCCCUGCACUCUGCUCCUGCACUUAGCAGAGAUAAUCUUAUAUUGAAAGGAGUUUUAAUAGCAAUGGGAUUGGUAGGAAUCAUUUGCCUUACUAUAGCUUUAAUACACUGGACUUUAAACAGGAAAAGGAGGGUAUUAAAGGAAGAGAAUGGAACAAAAUUACUAUGAACAAAUGCACAAAGUACUUUCCUUCUUAGAUAUAAGGCCCAUGGCAUUGCAUUUAUAGAAAAUGCCAAAAAAAAGAAAUUAGCAUCAACCUGUGCUAAAAUGCAUUGGGCCUUUAUAUAAUAAAGUUCAAGUUUUUACAUAGUAGAUAGACAAAAAAACAUUUUAUAAUACUCAUUUUAGGGGAAGAGUUAGAAAACCAUUAGGUGUUAGUUAGAGAGAAACAAUAAAAAUUAUUCUUCAAAGUAAUGACUUUAAAAGCAGAGCUAGGGCAAAAUUGAAGUGAAGCCAAGAGAAGCUUGUUUUAUUGAAGUGGGAAAACAAGUUUUACAUACAGAAAGGGGGUUGGAUCUGAAUUACACAGUAUAACUGUCUACGUGAAGGAAUUGUGUUCCUUUGAUUAAUUUUUCAUUUCUCCUUAUCUGUGCAGAGCAGGAUGCUGGUUUAUGACUGAAGAACAAGCCGUGUUUUAUAGAUGAAGCCCCUAUUGUAAAGUUCUUUAUCUCUUGCCAUUCGGUUAAAUAUACUACAACUCAAAUCCCUCUACUAAUGCUCAAUGAGGUCUUUUUCUUGCUGUAAGAGGAAACCUUAGAAUGAGGCUACUGUCCUUAUCCCUUUAUACUGGCUUUGUAACAGAGGUCUACUGAAUAAUUAUGUUUUUACACCCAUUGAAGCAGCUUUUCAAGAUAUUGCCUUGGGAAUAAUUGAAAGAAAAUAAUUAUAGCUCUCAUAACACUUUAAGUAAAGAAGAAAAGAAAUUGUUCUGAAAUAUAUAUAUAUAUCAUACAGUUUUGGUCUAUUUCAAAGAAGAGGCCAUAAGGGGAGGAACCUUUAGAAACAAGUAGCAGAUUCUGACCUCUGGUUAAGUAAGAAUCUACACUCCUUUCUCCAUCAAGUGCAAAAAAAGGGGGGGGGAAUGCAAAUAACAAGGAAAUAAAAAUCCUCUUUCCUCUA